AUUUCAAACACACGUGGCGAGGUAGCUUCUGAGCACCGCCUUUGCAGACACACGGAGGUCUCUCGCCGUCUGCCCAGGCUUGUCCUCGCUUUUGGAAAGUUCUGGCUCCAAGACCCCCUUUAAAAAAAAAAAAAAAACAACACCACCAUUUUAUUUUUCCCUAGGAAACUUCAGCAGCUGGAUUUAAAAGCCAGGUUGCUGAAUUUUGCAGUUCCCAGCCUGGGGAGCCGCCCAGCCCGUGGGCUCUGUGUGAUCAGGUGAAGCCUUGGAAGUAACGUUGUCCGGAGCUGAGCGAACUCGGCGCUUGGAGCAGGCGGAGCGGAGCAGAGAGCGGAACGUGCCGGGCUUUCCCCGCAAACCUGCCCUUUGAUCCAGGCGCAGCGCUCCUCUUCAAGCGCCCAGCGCGAAACCUAGCUGAGCUGCAGGACCCGAGCGCCGGGCCCUUGGAACAGACCCCCCGCCCCGCCCCGCCCCGUCCCAUCGCUCCAGUGUAGAAACUGGGAUCUAUUGUGCAGAUCAUUGUCAGGGAGUCCUUUCUCCAUCCGAUGAAAACCUGCUAAGAAAUGAUCCUGCUUCUCGUACCUGUUCAACUCCGCCGGCUGAAAAGAACUAAUCUGGGAAUGCCCAAGGUAUGAGAAGAGCCGCUGAGUUAGCUAUUCAAGAGGAUGUCUAUAAAUGAAGAGCUAGAGAGCAGGUUUUCAGCAACCACCACGAUGGCCAUGGAGGCAAGUGAAGGGAGCCCAUUCAGAAUCAGCCCCAACAUUUCCUACAAUGCCACCUGGGACAGUGCUCCAGCUGCCAGUUCAAUGGAGGACAUGAUAGCCACUUGCACCAUCGGGACUAUCCUCUCCAUUAUGUGCGUGAUCGGUGUGACGGGCAACGUCUACACCCUGGUGGUGAUGUGCCAUUACAUGAGAUACUCUGCCUCUAUGUACAUUUACAUCAUUAACCUUGCCUUGGCAGAUCUGCUCUACCUGCUCACCAUCCCUUUCAUCGUUGGGACAUACUUCAUCCAGGAAUGGUACUUUGGAGACGUUGGCUGCCGCAUCUUGUUCAGUCUGGAUUUCCUUACCAUGCACGCCAGCAUCUUCACCCUGACGGUCAUGAGCACAGAGCGUUACUUCGCGGUGCUGAAGCCCCUGGACACGGUGAAGAGGUCCAAAAGCUACCGGAAAGCCAUUGCCAUCGUCAUCUGGGUGGUGUCUCUGCUGCUCACACUCCCAAUGCUCAUCAUGAUCCAGCUGGUGCAAAGAGACAGCAAAAGCAUCUGCCUGCCCACCUGGAGCAAGCUGUCCUACAAAAUCUAUCUGACCAUCCUCUUCUGUACCAGCAUUGUGGGCCCAGGGGUGAUCAUUGGAUACCUUUACAUUAGACUAGCCAGGACCUACUGGGUGUCCCAAACAGCCUCUUUCAAACAGACCAAGCGGCUGCCUAACCAAAAAGUGCUGUAUCUAAUUUUCACGAUAGUGCUGGUCUUCUGGGCUUGCUUCUUGCCCUUCUGGAUCUGGCAGCUUCUCUUCCAAUAUUACGAAUCCUUCCCGUUGUCCCCCAAGGCCAUGAGGAACAUUAACUAUCUGACAACCUGCCUGACCUACAGCAACAGCUGCAUCAACCCUUUCCUCUACACCCUGCUGACCAAAAACUACAAGGAAUACCUGAGGAACAGGCAACGCUCUUUCAAUAGCAGCAGCGGGUACUUCCAGAGGAGGAAUCGAUUUCAGAGGAUUUCUGGGAGAUCCCUUUCCACAAGCAGUCAGCAUUGCACAGAGACUUACGUGCUCACUCAUGUUCCUGUGGGAAACAACAGUGCCUGAAGGUAAAACACAUCUCCAAGAAAAAAAAAACCAAUAUUGACUUCAGUGUUGCGUUGCUUGAAAGUGCAACAUUAUAAAGGCAAAAUCUUAGCAGAUUCAUAAUGUGUUAACGCUGAGUCCAGAGAUUGUGCCAUCGCAAUCUGCACUCAUUUAUUUCCAAUGCCAUCGAUUUUGUUUCUCACCCAAAGCCUUUUGUUUUUUUCAUUCUUUUUCUUUUUUAUGGUGUAUUGAUGUAUUUCUCUCCCACCUGUAAUGACAGCCUGUAAUAUUGACACUGUUUUAUGAUUACAGCUGUCCCACAACAUUUUAAAAUUAAGUUAUUGAAAUAUUAGUUUAGAUGGUUUUUUUUUUUUUUUUUUAAGCAACAAUGCUAGACUAGACGUGGCUGGUUGUAUAAGAAGUGAAAACAGUACAAUUAAAGAAAAAGCAGCUUGUGUUUCUGA